AUGGCUGAACUGUUUGUUCCAAAGAUAAUAGAUCAAUUGGGUGACGUUGUCGUGAAGCAGCUCGGGGAGAAGGUUAACCUGCUGAUGGGGGUUGAAGAAGAGGUGGGAAAUAUCUCCUCCAAGUUGGCUACAAUUGAAAAAGUAUUGCAUGAUGCGGAGAGACGAAGGCUAAAGGAAAAAGGUGUUGCAAUUUGGCUAGAAAAGCUUGAAGGCAUAACAUAUGAGAUGGAUGAUGUGUUGGACGAAUGGAACUUCAAGAUUCAGAAACCAAAAAAUGAGGGAACUCAUCAGAAUGCCAGAAUGCAGCCAAUAUUGAGGAACAAGGUAUGUUCCUUUAUCCCAUCCCUUUGUUCAUGUCUCAAACAAGUUCCUAUCCGUAGUAAUAUUGCUUCAAAGAUAAAGAAAAUAAAUGAACAGCUAGAAUUAACUUUGAAAGAGGCAGAUCAAUACAAGUUCAUUUCAAGUGGGGGGGUUCCUGAUUCUCAAGAUUUUCAGCGAAUCAUGACUACCUCAAUCAUAGAUGAAUCAGAGAUCUAUGGUCGAGCAUCUGAUAAGGCUGCUUUACUUGACCAAGUUUUGCCUGAGAGUAGUAGUCAAGGAAGAGAUAGGGUUCAAAUUAUCUCUGUAGUAGGGGCAGGGGGUAGUGGAAAGACCACACUUGCCCAGCUACUUUUCAAUAAUGACAAAGUAAAGAACCAAUUUGAACUUAGAAAUUGGAUCUGCGUAUCAGAUCCUUUCGACCAGAAAAGGAUCGCAAAAGCUAUCCUUGAGAGUGCAGGAAGGAGUUCUCAUGAGAUGUCAGAGUUGGAUUCGUUGAUCCGACUUAUAAAAGAAACUUUUUCCAGUAAAAAGUUCCUGCUUGUCCUAGAUGAUGUCUGGACAGAAGAAGACUCAAAGUGGAAGCCUUUCAAAGACUCUCUUAAGGAUGGAGCUCCUGGAAGUGUAAUCCUGGUGACGACAAGGAGUCUAAGAGUGGCCAGAGUGGUGGGAACGACUCAUACUCACCCCCUGGGCCUGAUCUCUGAUUCUGAUUGUUGGCUAAUAAUGCAAAGGAUAGCAUUUGAUGGAAGAUCAGAGGAGUGGUGCCGGAAAGUGGAAAGCAUUGGACAGAAAAUUGCAGAAAAAUGCAAGGGCUUGCCACUUGCUGCGAAGAUGAUCGGAAGUUUGUUACGGUUCAAAGACAGCAUACAACAAUGGCAAAAUAUUUUGGAUAGUGAGAUAUGGCAAUUGAAGGAAGCAGCUGUGGACCUUUUUCCUCAUUUUUAUUUAAGCUAUAACGAGUUAUCCCCGGAGCUGAAACGUUGCUUCUCCUAUUGUGCUGUCUUUCCUAAAGAUCAUGAUAUAGAUGUAGAAGAGCUUAUUAGACUAUGGAUAGCACAAGGUUAUGUUCGCUCAAAUCGAAGAGGUGAGUGCUUGGAGCUGAUGGGCCUUGAGUACUUCAACAAUUUGGCAAUGCGUUCCUUUUUUCAAGAAUUGGAAAAAGAUAGUGAUAUUUUUCUGCGGGAAUAUAUGAAGUGCAAGAUGCAUGACAUAGUUCAUGAUUUUGCACAAUUUCUCACGAAAGAUGAAUGCCAUGUACUGGGUGGAAUUGAUUAUGAACAAGGCACUAGAGGAAACUCAUCUAGUGAAAGACCCCGUCAUCUAACAUGGCUAGGCACUGAGGAGAUGUUAAGUUCUCCGGUCCUUGAUAUUGGAAGGCUCAGGAGUUUUAUUGCUCUUUCUCCUGAAACAGUUCCCCUGGAUCUAUUUCACAAUCUAAAUUGUGCAAGGACUCUAAUUUUAAGAGAUUGUCACCUACGUAAAGUCCCCGCAGAGCUCGGAAGUUUGAUUCAUCUGCGUUACUUGGACUUAAGUGAUAAUCCUUUCAAGGCAUUGCCAGAAGCUAUUUGUGAUUUAUAUUAUCUAGAAACUUUAGAUAUAACCAUGUGUGACAAGCUCUUGCGCCUUCCUCAAAGGAUUGAAGGCCUAGUACACUUGAGGCACCUUGUCAAUUAUGGCACCUAUGAAUUACUUCAAAUGCCACAAGGACUUGGGAAGCUGACUUCACUUUGCAGUUUGACUCAAAUCAUUGCCAAGAGCAACUUUGAUGAUUUGGCAAUUUUGAAGGACCUAAAUCAACUGGAAAGAUUGCGCAUUAUUAUUGAUGGAGAAGUGGAUUUUGGGAGUGCAAAUUUUGGAGGAAAAAUUUACAUGCGUGAAUUGUUCUUGGGGUUCAACUGCGAGUUUGAAACAGCAUGUUGGAUUGAUACUAUGGAACCACCUCCAAACUUGCAACAACUUGCGCUACUUGGCUAUCCAGGAGUCCAGUUACCAAUUUGGCUUGUGACAGAAUCUCUCAUCAAUAACUUGACAAAGCUAACUAUCUCUUUCGCCAGCAAUCUCUCAUCCUUGCCUAAUUUGUGGAAGCUGUCAUCCCUAGAAGAAGUUAGGCUCUCCGUUGUGGGCAAGCUAGAAUAUCUGGGUAAGGAAUUCUUUGGAAUCACAGAAGUACUACAUGAGACUAGUCAUGAUGCUGUUGAUACAUUGUCAAACUUCAAGUCGUCAACCUCAACUGACACAGUAGUAUUUCCAAAUUUGAGAAAAUUAUGUUUUGCGAAUUUAUCAAAUUGGACAAUUUGGGAAGACCUAAGCAAAGAUGAUGAAAAAGUUGACGUCUCUAUCAUGCCAUGCUUGGAGGAGUUAGAAAUUGUGAAUUGUGAUAUGCUAAAGGCUUUGCCACAUCGCAUUCUUGGAAAGAUACUAUCUCUCAAAAGUUUGGAAGUCCGGCAUUGCAAGAAGUUGAGGAAGCUGUUAGGAUCGGGCCAGGAAAUAGACAAACUCAAGUUCCGGAAAUUGAAAGCUGUGAAACUUAUCCAUGUUUCGUUUUGGGAUGUGUUUGAAUACUAUGACUACUUGUGUAUGGAGAAUGGUAAUGGACAUGGUAAUGGUAGUUAUGCGGCUAAUGGACAUGUAGAGCCGCUAAGAUCUAUUUCUUAUAGGCCUCGAGGUGGAGAAGACCGAGUUCGAUACUCACCUGCUGAUAGGCACCCUAGAUAUCAGUGUAGAGCCACGUACACGUAUCCCAACGACUUGGUGUUAUCCCUUGAUGAUGAGCACCGCCACUUGUGGAUAUCCAAUGAGGAGAUCCGUGAUAGGAGUGCCGGCAUCAGGGCUGAUGCCGAUAUGCUAAUGGACGAGGCCACUAGUUACCUUCAGGGUAACGAGCAGGCAGGCGCAGAGGAGGAUCCAGAGGAGGACCCGGAAGAGGAUCCGGCUGAGGACGUCGUCCCUGAUAGCCCUGCUGAGGGUUAG